CACUACUUGGCAUGUUAUCGUUGCAGCAUCACAAUUCCCGUCAACGUCUGUUCCAUAUAGUGUAAUAUCUACCCUCUAUCGCAAUGAAAGUGUUUCAACGCCUCGCGGCUUCGGCAACUGUCGUCAAGUCCGCCGCCAAUCUAUUCGGCAAUCAGAUGGCCAUCCUCCCACCGAUUCCGUUAUACCGACGACUGCUUCGCGCACAUCGCAAGCUGCCCAAAGAGCAACGAACGUUAGGCGACGAGUACAUCAAGGCAGAAUUUCGUGCACACAAGAGCGUUGAAAAUCCCGUACAGAUAAUCGGAUUCCUCAGCGAAUGGCAGAUGUAUGCCCAAACAAUCGAAGGAAACUCCUGGCGUGACGGUAGGAUGGACAAGAGUAAGGUGGACAAAAUGAGUGACGACCAGAUCACUCAAAUGUACGAGCUUAUGCAAGCAAUUCGAAAUCGUGAACUAGAAGAGAACGACGCAGAACACACCCCGCCACCGCCCCCAGAACCGAAGAAUUAAUGUACAGCAAGCGCUCUGUCUAUUAAAGAAGCUCAGAUACUGAUCUAGAGCUUCACCAUCUACAUGACCCCGCGACUUCGUGGAGACUUUCGACGUCGUGAAGGAGCUCCCAAUCCUGAAGAAGACAUUUAUCAGAACGAAAUGUUCUUCGGAACACAGUUCGA